AUGAGAGAGCGAAGCAGUUGCUUUAAGAACAGAGGGGAAAGUGUGGCUAUUGGGUGGGGCCCGAUGGCGAAGCAUGUUGACAAAGAGGAUGAGGCUGGUGUGUGGACUAGAGAGACUAAGACGUUGAAGGAGUUGAAGCAGAAGUUCAGGUUACAGUAUGAAUGUUUUGAAUACAACCAAAGCACAAAACGUCGAGUAGGGGGCCACGGGUCGUCGAGGCGAGGCGUAGGAGGCGGCGAGAAGUCGGAGGCUGUGUCUCAAAAACGGGGAGGCGCGAUUUCACAGAGACAGAGGGCCGAGGCGGACGGUCCGACGGCGGCUGGUAGCUGGUGCCUGACUGGCGACUGCCUGGUGGUGGGAUUAGAGAAAAGAGAGAAGAAGAAGAAGAAGAAGAAGAAGAAGAAAUGCCUCAAACAAGCUAAAUCUAACCAGCCAGUAACUCUGUUAAAAUCCAUGGCAAUUGCUUCCUGCAGAGGCCUCAACUUGAGAGGAGACAAGCUCGACUUAACCCGCACAUCAGAUGAGGAAGCCCAAAGCAGCUUUUUCCCAAUAGCCACACCACUUUUAACUAUUCCCAGCACCUUCCUCACCUCAUUCGCAAGCUCGAUAACAUAG